GCGGGUGAAAAUAGAAAAGAAUGUUUUUGGAAUCCAAUUGGACUUGGUUGGCAGAACGAUGGGGCAAUAUGGCCGACUUGGCCGAGCGGGUGGACGAUCUGAUAUGCAGUUUCGACUCGGCUGGUGAGACGACCAUGGAUACGCUGUCGAUGCUGAUCUUCGGCUGGAUGCUCUUCGGUCUGCUGGUGCUGUGCGUCGGCAAGUACGUGUACAAUCGCUUCGUGCUGAACGAGCUCGCCAUCGGCUCGUCGUCGGCGCAGUACGGCAAAGACGGCCAUGCUUAUCACGGCGAGAGUGUUGUGAUCGCGAGUGCCGCCGGUACCACCGUCGGAGCCGCUGGAAAGCCGCUCUUUGACAAAUCCAAGCCGGUGUCGGUGUCGUCGUCGACCUCCCUGCCGUCCCUUGCGAGACCAGGUGGUGCAGGUGGUGGCGGCGGUGCCGUCGCCGCCGCUACCGGUGGUGGUGGUGCUGCUGCCGCCGCUGCUGGUAGCAGCAGCAGCGGCAGUGGCGGUGUUAUCGGUGCUGCCGUAGGCGGUGUUGUUAGUGCGGUCGCUGGUAGUGGUGGUGGUGCUGGUAGUGGUGGUGCCGUGUUCGCGAGAUCACCGUCGCCCUCGACGGCCGGCUACGUGCCGCCGACGCCGCCGGUGAGGAAACGUCUGACCAGGAAGACCUCCGGCGUCCUCAUCAGCCCGUCCAGGAGCUCGAGAGCUCUGCACCUGCCGACCGCGACCGGCGCCGACGCCGAGGCCGUGCGCUGGGUCAACGAGCUAAUCGUCUGGCUGCAUUACGACCUCGUGAUCCUUAACGAACUCUUGGCCAGUUGGGUGGCCUCCCUCAACGACUUCACCAAUGCCGGCUCCAACAAUGAGCACGGCGUCAGUGUCGAAUUCGUCCGUGUCCUGCCGGAGACGCAUCCUCCUACUUUGUCGAAUAUCUUUUGCGAGUGCGACUCGAAGGAUGAUGUGACCAUCACGUGCGACUGCGAGGCUACACCGGCUCUGCAGCUGAAGGCAUUUCGGCAACGUGGCGACAAGCUGGAAGUCAAUCAUUACCGGGUCAAUGUUAAUCGCUUUCGCGCACGGUUGAACGUCGUCUGCAUCACCGAGAAACUGCUGGUCGAUUUAAAAUGCGACGGCUGGCCGGAGGUGAAAGUCUCCUUGGCGGCGGUGGGAACAAUAAAGAAAGACCUGGACGAAAGCCGGUUGCAAGAAGUGGUUACGGAAAUCGUGGUGGGUGCUCUGCGAGGCAUCAACGUUCACCUCAAUCUUUCUCAAUAUCCCACAUGUCCCCGAUUAUGGAGAGAGCCGCCUCCUCACCCGGGUUUCUCGUCGCCCAUACACUACGACAGCAUGAACGUCUCGAACUCGAUGCUACAGCCACCACAUCAACGUUUACAAGCUGCGCCAGCAGCACCGAUGCAAUACGUGCCUGGCGAGAGGCGGUUGCUCGUGAAGAUCGUGAGGGCUGCCGAUCUCGGCGGCCAGCAAGGCUCCGUGGAACCGUACUGCGUGGUGGAGUUGGAUGAGCCGCCGCAGAAGAAUCAGACCGCCAUAAAGAAAGACACUAGGAAUCCGGUCUGGGACGAAGCGUUUCUAUUCGACAUAAGUCAUAAUACGACCGAGGUGUUGCUGGAGGUAUUCGAUCACGUGAAUAAAAGCCAGAGAUUCUUGGGACUGGGAAUCGUGGGCGUUGAGGAGCUUCUCGCGAAUCCGAGCCAGCGGCAAAUCAUACCUCUUCAGGCACGGCCAUACGAGGAAGAUGACAUUACCGGCACCCUCACGGUGGAGUUCCUAUUCAUCGAGGGUGCGGAAGUGCCACAAAUUGGGACCAAGCCCUACAAGGUGAAGGAGACGAUAAAGCCGGUCUCGCCGGGCCACACCUACAGCCAAACGAACAUCAUUAGCAACAAUAGUCUGAACUACAACAAUGGUAACAGUACACUUAUCUUGUACGACUCUGCCGCCCAGUCAGAAGGGGACUAUCUGACAAACGGUAACGUGGACUCACCGUACAAGACAGGGCAGACGAAUGGUAAUAAGGGGACCUUGAUAGUACAUAGCCAGCAAAGGCAGCCGGAGCGGCAGGUUGUGAAGGUUGCUCUGACGGAGAACGGAAACUGGCAAGAGAUAUCGCCGGAGCAUGGAACGAAGGAUGUCAGUGCUGCCUCGGGACCAGAAAGCACACCCAAUUCCUCCAAUUCGGAAGAGAGAGGAAGGACGCGACGAAAACGGCGUGAUUUCUUCGGUACUAUCAAGAAGAGAUUAAGCCGAUCUAAGACGAGAAGUAAAUCGGUGGGUCCCGAAGAUGACAUUAACCACGAGGACGCACAUUCGAGAUCCAUUUCCGCCGAUAGAGCCCGCGAUCCUGGAUCCGUGCAUUUGUCGGUGCCAGAACAAUCGAGACGAUCGAGUCUAAGUGAAGCUUCAGGUAUCAGCGGUACCUCCACGAGGACGUACGUCAACGAAGCUUCCACUCUCGUCCUUGAGACUUUGGAGAACGGCAUAAAGAAACACUACCUCGUACCACUUUCCCUCGCGCAAAAGAGCAAAUGGAGGAAAAAGGGCACAAAGCUGCACAUAUUCAACGAUCACACGUUCAUUGCCAAACAUAUGUCUGGAGGAACGGUCUGUGAGGUGUGCAAGAGGACCCUCGCGCGAAGACUCGGCAAACAAGGCUACGAGUGUAGAGAUUGUCAAAUAAAAUGUCACAAGCACUGUCAUGUGAAAGUCGACAUAACGUGCCCCACGUCUACUAUUCAGAGCAUCGAGCUGUCCCUACUGCCAGUACUGAGCGAAUAGGAUAGGACGUACAUGAAGAUUCCUCAGCUCGAACGAAAGCCUUCGACGCGUCGCCUCUGCUGACGAUAACGAUUAUUGCAUCGCGCGAAACUCGAUACGCCAUACGACUACUUAUUUGCGACAUCGGACGCUGCACGACAAAUUGAUAAGAACGAUCGCAACGACACGAUCUUUAUUCGUGAAAUAGAUAGAUAGAUAGAUAGAGAGAGAGAGAGAGAGAGAGAAAAAGAGAGAGAGAAAGAGAGAGAGAGAGAGAGAGAGAGAGAGAGAGAAAAGCAUGUUUGAUACGCUUCAGUUUCUUUUAAGCGCUCAUCACGCUCAUCACUUCGUCAUUGGCCUACAAAUUUCUUCCACUUACGAAACGAAGGGACAUCUCUUGUUCACGCGCGAGAGGAAUUUUUGCAUUUUCACGAGCGCACAAUUUCGAUGUUCCAACGAAAGAAGCUCACAAUACACGUGAGCAUUGAUGAGACCUUCGGGGCGUCACUUGGAAACACUCACCGUCGCACCGACGUCAUUUCCUCAUGAUAAAGGUAGCGGAUGUAGAGCGAAAGAGAAAAAAAGAAAAGAAAAAAAGAAAUUUUCGUCGAUCUUUCACAAAGAGUUAUUGCGCCUUCCACUGAGUAGUAACGAAUAAACUGAGAUCGUAGUCGAAAUAGCGAACACGCGUUGUCUUGCAAAAUGAAGAUCUCAAAAUUCGGAGAAUGUGUUACGAAUUUCGGAAAGGUCUGACCUCAAAAUCCGAAUAUCGAAUAGAUUUUCCGGAAUGUAACUUUUUAGAAAUGUUGAUGAUGUAUAAUUAUCGCGAAAAGUUUUAACUAUUUAAGUUAGCUAGCUAACUAUUUGAGGCGCGCAAUAGUGCCCAUUAAUGUCCGUCCCAUAAGUGGCACGCGCGCAUUCUUGCGUGCAGAAAGAACUUAUCUGAUUUCUUUGCUGAAAAUGUAUUACCCAAACUAUAAAAUCAUUGAUUUUAUGUUUUCACGACAUCAAGGAAUACGAAUUUUAUGUCAAAAUUAUAUAAUUUCCAAUCCCCGAUAUACUGUUUUCUGCUUAACCUUUAGAAACGCGAUGGGAAGUAUACUCCCAACUUUCUUUCUUUCAGAUUUUUAUUGAUGAAAUUUUCAUUGCUAUAUUUGGAGUGUUUCCUUUUUUUUUUUUUCUAGUAUCUUAGGGAUAGGUGUCAUCCCUAUAAUAUUUCAGAAUAGUUGUAAUUUGUGAAAUUGUGUGUCGGGUAUUCGGAUUUUGGGACUUUUUUUUGAAAAAAAUUGUCUCAUUUCACGAAUUUUGAUGCUUUUUUUCUCGAGACAGUGCAGACGUGCGCCAUCGAAGUUUCGCGAAAUGCGCUGUAACGCAUCCAUGGAAAGUUAGAAGAGGAUAUGUCCGCAUAAUUUUUAUCAUCGUCUAAGAUUUCCUAAUAAUCGUGACGUAGCUCGCGUGACGUAGUCGUCGUCACCGUUAAAACAAAAGCACGACGGUUGCUCGCGUUACUGAGAAAAGUGAUUUGUUUUCGUCGAUCUCGAAGAAGAUUGCGACGAAUCGACUUCACUCGCUCUGCAUGCUCGAUUAAAGGAGCCAAAGACGCAACAGCGCAGACAGACACCGCCGAAAUGGUUACUAAGAAUAACGUGAUCGAUGACACUAACGAUAUAUUAAUAAUGAUAGAAAGCGUUAAUUUCACACGACACAAUUGUUACGAUUGAUUAUAAAUAUUCAAGAGGUAAUAUUAGCUGUAUGAUAAUAUGACAACAGCGGAAAGUAUAUACAUGAACGCACUAAAAAAUCAUCGCAGUCGAAUUGUCGUAAUCGUCGUUCAUUUAAAUUCUACGUUUUCGUUUGAAACACACACGCACACACAUGUGAAAAAAACACCGUUGUAUCAGAGUUGGGCGAUACGAUAUCGAUAUAUAGGGAAAUAAGGAUUUCUCCCCGCAGUGUGGAGGAAAACCUUAUUUUCCCGAGGGCAAAACUUUAUUCCCCUAUGUAUCGAUAUUGAAUCGUUUCCAACUCUAUGUUGUAUCAAUGGAAAACUUGUUAACGUGCCAUAAUCGGAAUAAAUUCCUUCCAUUCGAUAACAAUAUUGUGGAAACUAAUAUGAUAAAAAAGAUGUACUUUUGUUAAAAUCAUCAUGUUAAAUGUUUUAUAUUGAAUUCUCAACAUAACCGUUAAUUUAAUAUCGUGAAUGUGCUAUUUGUAGAUUUUGUAGAUUUUGUACAUUUGGGCGAUACAAUAUUAAUACAAUAUCGAUACAUAAGGAAAUAAGAAUUUCUCCCAGAAAAAAAGGAUAAGGAAAAAUAAGAUUUUCCCCCGCAAUUUGUGGAGGAAAAUCUUAUUUUUCUAGGAGAAAACCUUAUUGCCCUUAUGUAUCGAUACUGUAUCGAUAUUUUAUCGCUCAACUCUAACGCUAACAUGAUAUUUUAGAAUUAUUUUUCUUCAGUAACAGUAGCUAUCUGUUAAUUUUUGACAUAUUAUUUGUGUUACUUCUCAACAUAUUUCAUCUUGUGUUAAAUUAACGCAAAAAUCUGAGCGAGCCUUUCGAGACACGUGAAAUCUAUUCAAUUUAACGCAAAAUUUUGAAAAUUGUGAAUACUCAAGUUAUUUACACAUUACGGGCCAUUAAUUUUUUAAUUUUUCUCCCAAAAUUGGGUGAAAUUGGAAAAUAGGCGAAAAGCUUAAAACGGACUUCAAUUUUAAUUAGUUAAAAUACGUAAAAAUAUAUACACGGUCUGUAAUACGUUAAUAUGAUUUAUGAUAUAUCAAUUUAAAUAAUAUUAUUAUUGAAUCAAGAUAUACUCGAAUUUUUACAUUUAUCGAUAAAAAGAUCAACUUUUGUUAAAAUCAAUCAUCAUGUAAAAUGUUUUAUAUUGAAUUCUCAACAUAGCCGUAUGUUAAUUUAACAUCGUGAAUGUGCUAUUUGUAGAUUUGGGCGAUACACUAUUAAUACAAUAUCGAUACAUAGGGAAAUAAAGAUUUCUUCCAGAAAAUGGGUUUUCCCCCGCAAUUUGUGGAGGAAAAUCUUAUUUUUCUAAGGGAAAACUUUAUUUCCUUUAUAUAUCGAUACUGUAUCGAUACAGUAUCACCCAACUCUAACGCUAACAAGUCAUUUUAAAAUUAUUUUUGUUUACUUUUAUCUUUCAUUCUAAUUACGGUACUGUUGACCGAUGCUAUUGAUGCAACAUUUCCUUUUCCCACGCGAACAACACAUAUAUGCAUACACACAUGCGCCUUACAUAACUGUGUACCUGUAUAGUUUCGCUUGAAAUACAAAUGCGUCUAGUCACAUGUUAUCGAAAGACGACAAAAGGCUGUUUUACUUUCGUUAUUGCGUCGUUAUUGCGUAUCGUUACUACGAUAUGACAGUUGCGUGAGACGAUUCAUACGAGAGCGCAAGGAAUUCUAUUGAAAUCACCCACACACGCGCGUGCGCGUACGCACAUAUACAUACACAAAUACACACACAGUGGAUGCACGGACGAAUGGGAACGCUGAAUAUCGAGAUAUUCGGUGAUAUAUAUUAUGAUAUUCGCGGCGCAGUUCGAUUGAUGAUUUCGGAAAUCUUUUUCGGCUUAAAGGAACUUCGUGUGAAUCCACCAAUGAUGAUGGUUCGUCUCUAUGUAUAAUGAUUAUAUAAAGAGGACAAAAUUGUGAAUGAUUAUUUAUAUAGCGAAAUAUGAAUAAUAAUAUAUUUAUAUUUACGAGUCAUGAUAUAUAUAUAUAUAUAUAUNUCGAAAUACGAAGUGUUCGAAGGAAGUGCUACUCAGUGUAUUUAUGAGAUUAUCGAAUACAAUCGCGAAAUGCGUCAUUGUACUAAUACGAAAAAUAAAAAGAAAAAGACGCAAGAAUGUAAUUGCAAAAAUGUAUUCGCAUCGACAUACAUGGGAUAUUUGAACGGCGUAUGUAGUAGACUAGAGUUGAGCGAAACAGUACCAUCGAUACAUAAAUAAAUAAAGAUUUCUCCCAGAAAAAUAAGGGUUUUCCCCGCAAUUUGUGGAGGAAAACCUUAUUUUUUGGAGGGAAAAUCCUAUUUCUCUUAGUAUCGAUACUGUAUCAAUACUGUAUCGCUUAGCUCUAUAGUAGACACGGCGUUAUGUAUGCCUUACUAUUAUAAUUACAGUUACUAGAGUUUGACGAUACUGUAUCGAUGUAUAGGGAAAUAGGGGUUUCUCCCAGAAAAAUGGGGUUUCCCUCGCAAUCUGUGGAGGAAAACCUUAUUUUUAUGGGGAAAACCUUAUUUCCUAUAUCGAUACUGUAUCGAUACUGUAUUACCCAAUAGAGUCGAGCGAUACAGUAUCGAUACUGUAUUGUCCAACUCUAUCGCCCAACUCGAACAGUUACCCAGAUAACAAGAUAACGUCAAAUGACGUCUUAAUAACGUUUUAAUCACGUCUUCAAUGUCAGUAAGACGUCAUGUGACGUCAUCUUGUUAACUAGAUAUUUAUGCGAUUUUCGACCUUAUACGAGUUUGAAAAAUUCGGAAUGACGAUAAAAAUCAAAUAAAUUUAAUUUAAGUUA